AUGCUCACUGGUUCCAGCCUAGAACCCUGGGUGUUCAUCUCCCACACUGGUAUCCGCGAAAACCUGUUUGAAGACAAGCCUCGAGGAGGAAGCACGAAGGUGGCAACCGAAAAGAAGUUGAAAAAGUCGCUGCAGUUGAUCAACUCCAGGCUCCAACUCACUAUGGAAAGUGGAACAUACACGCUGGGGUAUGAGCCGACUCUGAAAAUGAUCUUACAUGGCAAAACAGAACUAGUCACCCUCGCUAACAACUGCCCAGCCUUGAGGAAAUCUGAAAUUGACUACUACGCCACGUUGGCCAAAACUGGUGUCCAUCACGACAGUGGCAAUAACAUUGAAUUGGGCACAGCUCGUGGGAAAUACUACAGAGUAUGCACACUGGUCACCACUGACCCAGGCGAUUCUGGUAUCAUUAGAAUCCUGCCAGAACAGACUGGUGAAAAAAAGUAA